CAACAAGCUGCGUAUCACUUUGAUUUAUUGAGCAACUGUCAUAAUUUAUCACAUCGCCCACACGCCGGUUCGCCUGCCGAGUGCCGACGCCCGCCUUGCGCUUAGUCCACCUGCAUACACGGACGAUAUCAGUAACUAUUUACACUAAAUGAUUGUCGCCCCCGCGAGCGGCAAUGCGAGACCCCGGGAAACCAUAAACCCGGGGCAAUCGCGAGCGACCGGUGCCCAGAAGGCGACCGUGCUGCAGGACUUGAUUAUCAGCGGCAUCAGUGUCGGAGGAGCGACGUGUGCAACCAAUCCCCUCGACGUCAUCAAGACACGACUGCAGUUGAACGAUCGGAAAGCCACGCCUGGCGCGCCCCGUCCAGGCUUGAUAAAAACCGGCGUAAACAUCGUGCGGCAUGAAGGCGCCUUCGCGUUGUGGAACGGGCUACCUCCGGCAGUAGCGAGAGGCUUCCUAUACGGCGGCAUGCGCCUGGGCUUGUACGAGCCCUGCAAGGGCCUGCUCCUGGCCGCCGGCCAGCUGGCGGCGCCCACGCCCUCAGCCUUGCCCACCACCUCCAGCUCGCCCAGCUCCGCCACGUCAGCACCCCAAUCAGCGGCAGCAGCCGGCGUGGGCCUCAAGGUGGCGGCGGGUCUUGCCAGCGGCGCCCUCGCCGCCGGCCUCACCAGCCCUACAGAGCUGAUCAAGACGCGGCUGCAGGCCAAGGACAACACUAGCCGCGGCACGCUGGAAGUGAUUCGUACUGUGGUGAAGAGCGACGGCGUGCAGGGCUUGUGGCGCGGCGCGGUGCCCAGCAUGGUGCGCGCGGCUCUGCUGACGGCGUCACAGGUCGCCACGUACGACAGCGUCAAGCGGGAGAUUAUCCGUGCGGGUGGUGGAAGUGACUCGGUGUGGACGCACGUAGCGGCCAGCGGCGUGACGGGCCUGGUCACCACCACCGUGACUAACCCUGUCGACGUCGUAAAGACGCACAUGUUUGUAUCGGGUGCUGGCGCCCGCAAAGGCAUCCUGCAGACAACUAUGGCCAUCCUGUACAAUGACGGCAUCCUCGGCUUCAUGAAGGGCUGGACGGCGAGCUAUGCACGACUGGGGCCGCAGACCGUCUUCAUUUUCCUCAUAUCGGAAGGGCUCCGCAAGGCCCUUGGAUUGGAAGGCUUGUGAGAAGAGGAUGCGUCCUACGUUGUUUGUUUGCAUGGUCCUUGAAAGCGCAGUUCAGCAGCAAACGGUAGUGUUGGCAGCUGUGCAUAGGGCGAGUCCUGGCCUGCAGCGCAGUGGUGCACCGGCGUCGGUGCCUCUAUGUAGGCCAGCGUCGGAUGCUUUUUGAUGUUGGGGUUUCCCUCUCGUGACUGGUUUCGGCAAGCAGCGCGGCUGCCCGCCGGGGCGGGGGCCUGGCGACUGGCGGCGCGGUGGCUGACGGCUCUGCCGCCGGCUACACUGGUGGUAUCCGUGGAAGCGCGGCCAUGUAGGUGCCAGGGAAUGAGCCAUGCAGCCUUCAGAAACUGCGCUACCAUUAGGCUAGUACUCUGACACGUCAAUGUGUGUUUGCGUGUGUGUGUGUGUGUGUGUGUGUGUGUGUGUGUGUGUGUGUGUGUGUGUGUGUGUGUGUGUGUGUGUGUGUGUGUGUGUGUGUUCGCUCUUGUUUUGGCGACUCCCGAAUCCCGACUCCAGUCUCUCCUUGCUUUGUAUCUGAUGGAUGCGCGUGGGCUUCGGUGGAUGGCAGGGCAGGUUAUGGGCUUAUGGCCAUGGUGUUCCAGCACUUCCAUGGGGAAGACCAGAGAGUGCAAAACAAACGGAUGAGCCGGCGGGUGACAGCCUGCUGGUACCAACCGUUUUGGGGGCUCUGGCUCUGUCCAUAGCUGUCACCUUGCAUGUAACUUCAAUUUGCUAAAAUGACAGCAACACACGUACCGACCUGCACUGACCCACAUUCGUGCAAACUUGCACGUCAAGCAAGAACUCACCCUGGAGUACGUAUGGGAGGUGUAGCGCAUCUGCUUCGCGCAAGACCGGCACUAAGAUCAUGCUAUUCUUAGCUACUCUACGAAAGCAUUGAGCUUGCUCGGGUUGUGUUCCUUCCUGUGUGCUGGCAGGUGCUGGCAAGGUGCUGUACCCUUCCCCUUUGCCACCCCUGAGCCUUUUGCUGCCGUGUUGUGCAGAACCCAAUCAAUGGAUAAUGCAGAUCAAGUUAUGCAUGCACUCCACACCCGCUGUGAAGACUACCUAAUCUCCUUCGCAGCUGAUGUCCCGCCCACUCUGUGCGCGUGCUGCACACCUAAUAUGUGCCCUGACCCUAGUCCCCUGCCGACACCACCCCUGGCCAACACUCUGGACGGCACAGCACGUGAAGGCCCCAUCAACCAAGCUACCGUAACCGAG